AUGAGUCUGCAGGACGGAUUAUUUACGGUGCGCGGCCGCCCCAGCUCCCGCUUAAGUCUGCGCUUCCAGGUUCAGUUUCAGGGUCUCGCCGGCAGCCCCGGCCGGCGGGCGCGGAGCCGGCAGCGGGGCCAGAACGGCAGGCUCCUCUGGGGGCCCCGGAGUUGGGAGGCGGCGUCCGGGAGCCCCCCGAGGAGGAUGGGCUGCGGACACAGCAGGCUGAGCUGCUGCAAACCCCCCAAAAAGAGGUGCCAAGGACCAGAUCAGCCUCCCAAACCAGAGCUGCAGGAACUGGGUCCCCUCAAUGGUGACACAGCCACAGCUGCCCAUCUCUGUGCAUCUGAGGAGGCCGAGCAGCACCAGAAGUCUGUCACCAGAAUUCUCCAGCAGCACGAAGAGGACAAGAAGAAAUGGGCACAGAAGGUGGAGAAGGAGAGGGAACUAGAGCUUGGAGAGAAACUGACUGAACAGCGAAGAGUCCUGGAGGCAGAGCAUGCGGAGGCCCUGAGAGUCCUCCAGGCCUCCCAUGAGCAGGAUAAAGAAGCCCUUACCCACUCCUUCCAGGAGGCCAAGGCGGCCCUGCAGGAGACCACUGACAGACUGACCGCACAGCUGGAGGCCUUCCAGGCGAAGAUGAAGAGGGUAGAGGAGUCCAUCCUGAGCCAAGACUACAAGAAGCACAUCCAGGAGUACGGGAGCCCCAGCCAGUUCUGGGAGCAGGAGCUGGAGAGCUUACACUUUGUCAUCGAGAUGAAGAACGAGCGAAUCCACGAGCUAGACAAGCGGCUGAUCCUCAUGGAGACAGUGAAAGAAAAAAACCUGCUGUUGGAGGAGAAGAUCACCACCCUGCAGCAGGAGAACGAGGACCUCCACGCCCGAGGCCGCAACCAGGUGGCUGUGUCCAGGCAGCUCUCUGAGGACCUGCUUCUCGCCCGAGAGGCCCUGGAGAAGGAGUCGCAGUUACGCCGGCAGCUCCAGCAGGAGAAGGAGGAGCUGCUGUACCGGGUCCUCGGGGCCGACGCCUCCCCCGCCUUCCCGCUGGCCUCUCUCACCCCCACUGAGGUCUCCUUCCUCGCCACAUAGGGCCUGGACCGCCGGGAUGCUGUGGUCACAGCUCUCUCUCGAGGACUUGGCAGAGAAAACAGCAGGGGCCUCUUGUCCCUAGGAGGGGACCAGGGCGGGAGUGAGAUGGGGAGCCAGGAUGUGUGCCCGGUCAGCCCUGGGGGCUUGGGCCACGUAGACUCACCCACGGGGCUUCGGAGGCCCCUCAAGUUGGCGCGGGGGACAAGCAAGAGGAGCCCUUUCCUCCCUCCCCUUCUGUCUGUUCUGUCUGGGGAGUUCUGAGGCUUUCCCCAGGGGCAGCCAUGCCACAUUGGUCAUCUGACCAAGAGGGGACAACCCCCGGUCGUAACUUGUCAGCUUUGAAGCUAGCUCACUUCCCGCAGCCACCCCCCCAAGCCCCACUCCCACCCCGGCCUUUUCUCAGCCUCUGAACCAGUUGGGGGAACUGAACAGAUGGCCCUAGUGUCCCAUUCUAGGCUUGUCUGAAGUUUAGACUAGGGGCUGGGGGGCAGGGAAGAACAGGGGCCACAUGCUGUGAAUCAAACUGGGGAGGGUGAGUGGCUGGGAGGGGGGCACUGGAUCGGGCAUGGCACCGGUCCCAGGCCCAGAGUCCGGUCAGUCUAGGGGUUACCGGCAGAGCUGCUCCUCCUGGACCGGGCAAGUCUCACUGCCCGGCACUCCCGGUCCCUCAGCCUCAGUGCCAUCAGGACACGGGGGCCACCUAGUGGAUCUAAGUACCCUCGACAGCCAAGCUGGAACCUCAUUCCUGUACUGAUGAGGAAACCAAGGUGGGGAGUGGGACCCGCAGAGCCAGGACUAGGGUCUCAUCUGGCAUCCAGGUUUCACCUUAUCGUACUUUUUAUUCCUCCCCAGGCUCUGGGAGGUCAUGUCUGAGACUUGGUCUUUCUCCUCCUUGCUCUGACUGCCCCCCACCCUUACCAGUCCUCUCUUUCAUUCCUGCUCUCCACUUAAUUCCUUCUACCACCCCUGACCCCAGGCCCAUGAUCCUGGCCCUCAGCCUCCCCGUCAGUGCAAAGGGGUGGCUCGAAUAACUAACCCUGGCAGGCCUGUCCAGUCCUGACUGUCUGUGGAUUCAAGAUUCUUCUCAGGAAGUGUUGGUCUUCUGGAAACAGUAACAAUCCCGCCCCUGUACAAGCAUUUUAAUUAAAUGCUUUCAUACACACCGCCCUCCUUGGUCUGCAAAAGAUCCUCAAAGCAGGUUCUUACCCAGCUUUAGCAGAGAGCAAACUGAGAUCACAGGAGCCAAUGGGCCUUGCCUGGGGUCCCCCAGCCCCCCGGACCAUCACGUAGGAAAAGUCAACUCACAGGAACUGAGGUUUCCUCCAUCAUCCCAGACUGCCUUCUUCAUUGCCCCAGAUCUGGGCUUCAUCCAUUUCUAGUUCUAGGGGUUCGGAUGUGACUCUGUUUCUCCAGCCCUGGGCAAACAGGUUAUCCAGGAGCCUUGGGGACAGCUCUGGAGUGAAUCACACACAUACUCCUUCCUGUAACUUUUCCCAAAGCCUGACUAGGAUAGGCUAGUUCAUUGGAUGUUAAUGGUCACAACCAAGAAAAGAAUGGGUAGCCAAGUAAUUUGGGAAACUCUAGGUUCACUCCAGUUAAACAGCUCUGCAAACUGCAGGAUUUCUCAGAGCCUUUAAUAUGCUAACAUGCACUGCAAACUCCCAAGGAGGAAGCAAAGUGUCCAGCAUCUCCUAGACAUCUUUGACCAAGUUUCUCCCCCAACCUGAGCACUUCAGGCUGCAGAAUGCACUUUAGAAAACAUCGUUCUAAUUGAGAGAGUUGAGGGCUGGAGAAGGGGCAGGUCGUGGGAAGUGGGGUUUCCCUCAUGUAGCCCGUGGUGGUUGUGAGGAGGUGAACUGUGGUCCUACCCUCACCCUGGGGCAGGCAAGCUAUGGAAAGUAAAAAACAUGCGAUACUGCA